GAGAAUAGCCGGGGUCAAAGAGUCAACAAUUAUUACCGUUAAGAGGAGCGCGCCUUAACGCGGCUAAAUCGCACAGAUCAAUUAGGGUUUAUAUUUGAAUUGGGGAAUUGAUACCCACUUACUCCAUUCCCUUUAAAUUCCCUCCAUCAGUAGUAAGCCUCAGGUAGAUUUGCGCCGCCAUUUAUUUCCAAUCACAGUCGAUUAAUCCCUUUCUUCUUCAGUUUAUAUUUCACUUCUUGCUCUGCUGAAUUCAAGAGAGGAGAGAAAUAAUGGCGUUCUUGAAAGAAGAAGAAUAUGAUGAUCUUCCUCAUCUUCUUCUUGGUUGCAAUCCCGCCAAGAAAAGGUCUUUGCCGGUCAAGAAGCGGCCCAGAUGUGACAACAAUAAUAAUGGGUUCUUGCAAGAAGAAGAAGAAGAAGAAGAAUGCGAUCUUCAUCAUCAUCUUCUUCUUGGUUGCAAUCCCGCCAAGAAAAGAAGGUCUUUGCCGGUCAAGAAGCUGCCCAGAUGUGAUGACAAUAAGAAUGGGUUCUUGAAAGAAGAAGAAGAAGAAUGCGAUUUUCAUCAUCUUCUUCUUCUUGGCUGCAAUCCCACCAAGAAAAGGUCUUUACCGGUCAAGAGACUGCCCAGAUGUGAUGAAAAUAAUAAUGGGUUCUUAAGACCCGCCUUUCCUCUCCAUCAGCCGCAAACGAUGACUCGCUUCGACUGGCUUUUGCUCGCUGCUGAAACUGCCCAGCAAGAACUCGAGGAUGAGAAGAAGGGAAUUGCUCUCCAAAGUCUUCCACAUGCAUCAAAGGAGAAUGAGAAGAAGAGAAAGGCUUCUGCAAGUGCUCCAAUUCCACUGAACAAAGACAACACCAACAAGAGGAGGAAAGUGACUAAUAACAGUGCUUCUUGUUUGGCGGCGGUGGUCGAGCUGCCGCCAGAUUUCAGGCACAAAGUGAGGGAGAUGAAAGGGAAGGCGGAGGAGGCGGUUCUCGUCAUCCAAAAGAAGCUCUUCGAGUCUGACACCGCACCAUACAAGGGCAGAUUCUCUAUUCCAUCAAAACAGGUGGCCAACGAUUUCUUGACACCUCAAGAGAAGCAAACUCUUCACUCUGGAACAAAGAUUGAAAAUGUUCCGUUGAUUGAACCUGACGGCACCUCUGUCUACCCUAUCACCCUGAAGAAGUGGGAUAUGUCUGCCAACUGCAUUUACAAUUUGAUCACCAAUUGGAACUUAGUCCGGGAGAGGAAUCGAUUGGUCACAGGCGACCUCGUCCAGCUUUGGGCCUUUAGGGCUCAACCCUCCCAAGAGCUCUGCCUUGCCAUGGUUCAUCUUCCAACUCAAUCACUGAUUUGAUGAUUGGAGUCUGGUCAAUAUUUAGGAAUUUUGUAGAUUCCACUACUACUGAAAGCUAGCUAGCAGUAUAAAUUGAGUUCGAGUAGAGGAGAAAUUCAGUACACUAUGUGAUUAUUCUUAACACUACAUUCAUAUCAUCUUGUAUGAUGAAUACCGUUACUAUUCAUUUAUAGCAUUGUCAUUUCCACUUCAAUUUCAUGUUUUUGUUAGAUAUUUUGCAUAAUGAGCGAAUUAAACACAUGUGAAUGGG